UUCACAGAGACAAGCAAAUGAUGUGGUGGGUGUGCUCUUAAUCUCUAUUUUUAUGUCUCCAACAAUCUAGUGGUUAAUUAGCAAUUUGCUGCCCACCAAUAUGCAAAUGAAUGACAAGCAAAAGCCCUCCGCAUCUGUAAUUAUUUUACCGAUUUACAAGCCACUCUCCUCUCUGUGUAGGUUUUUCUGUGUGCGCAUUCAUGCAUCAGGGAUUUCAUUAUUUUUAGAAGCAUACUCUGUACACUUUUAUGCUUUAAUAUUUUCAGGCUUCAGUAAUUACAGUCUUUUGGAUAUACACACAUAUCCCCCCCCCAACUCCAAAUGCAUUUAUUUGUCAGGAAUUCUUUUUCUUUGAUAAAGAGUGAAGAGUAAGAUCUAUCAAGGGGCUGAAAUCCAAAUUGCAGACAGAGAGCCAGAGCACAAGAUUGAAAGAUGCACGUUUCCGCCCCCUGCCAAGUCCUUAUCUGGAAUCGGAGGAGUCUUGUAAUAUUUGAUUUUCUCCCAAGCAGCUCUGGUGAAUCGAGCCACGAUCUGCGUUAUCCAUCUGCCUACUUUGGAGCAGGGUGUUUUACUAUUUGGCGGUUUAAAUGCUUUACGUUUUUGCCAGCACAUUAAGAAAGGCUCUCAUGUUAAAUUAAGUCAAUUAAUAAAUGGAGACACAUUAAGCAAUCAAUUUUGUCAGCCUAUCUCCCCAGCAUUAUGUAUGGUUGGCUGUAAUCACAAGAUAAAUGCAAUGUGCUGAUCUAUGGUAAUGUUCAAUAAUACAUUCUCCGCCAGGCUCAAUUCAUCAGGGAGUUUCGGUAGGGGAGGCAUUUGUUAUUGGCUGUCUCUGCACCUCAAGGAUAACAUUUCUGUCCUUUUGAUUGGCCGCCUCACUGCUGCAAGAUUCUAACCGUCUUAUUUUGAUGAUGAAUAUGAAGGCACGCUAAGCCGGGCUGGAGCGUAGUGUCUCAGAGGCUGCGCUCCUUGCAGAGCCCAAGGACUUAACAGCUUCCUCCGCUGCCUUGCUGUGCCAACAACCCCCCAAAAAGUUGGGAUGCUUUUCUUCACCCAGUGCUUUGGGGCUGUGUUAGAUCUCAUUCACCUCCGCUUUCAGCAUUACAAGGCUAAGCGGGUGUUCGCCGCCGCCGGGCAACUUGUCUGCGUCGUAAACCCCACGCACAACCUAAAGUAUGUGUCCAGCCGCCGGGCCGUCACUCAGAGCGCCCCAGAGCCAGGCAGCUUCCCCCCUCACCACCUCCCCCACCACCGCCACCACCGCCCCCACCAUCACGUCCGCCACCACGCCCAUCCCCACCACCUCCACCACCAGGAGGCAGGGCUGCAUGGCGCCCAGGUGACGCCCUGCAUGUGCCCCUUGUUCUCCUGCCAGUGGGAAGGCCACCUGGAGGUGGUGGUGCCCCACCUGCGGCAGAUACACAGGGUGGACAUCCUUCAGGGAGCCGAGAUCGUCUUUCUGGCCACGGACAUGCACCUGCCGGCGCCCGCCGACUGGAUCAUCAUGCACUCCUGCCUCGGCCAUCACUUUCUGCUGGUGCUUCGGAAACAGGAGAGGCACGCAGGGCACCCCCAGUUCUUUGCCACCAUGAUGCUGAUCGGGACUCCCACCCAGGCCGACUGCUUCACCUAUCGCCUGGAACUCAACAGAAACCAUCGGCGUCUCAAAUGGGAGGCCACCCCGCGGUCUGUCCUGGAGUGUGUGGACUCAGUGAUCACCGACGGGGACUGCCUGGUCCUCAACACCUCGCUGGCCCAGCUCUUCUCCGACAACGGCAGCCUUGCCAUCGGAAUUGCCAUCACAGCGGCAACGGAUGUCUGCUCCUCGGAAGCUGAGACAUGAAGCAGAGGCUGCCGGACGCUCAUGCGCAGCCACGGGAGAUCGGGGACCGCCGCCUACACCCUCGGGUCUCCAAACAGAGGACUCCAGGCUCCUCCUCUCUAUUCUUCUCCCUCCUUCCUUCCUUUUUUUUUUUUUUUUUUUUUUUUUUUGUCUCAGGUACUUUCUGGUAUUAGGUAUUUGUCUGCCAUGGGCAUUAUAUUAUGUAAACAUCCUGUGAUUCAAGA